AUGUCGCCCCCUCCUGAUCCUGUGUCUGCGCCGUCGCCUGUGCCUCCCGCUGACCUGGCCCCUGCGCCUGUUGUGGCGCCACCCCCUGCCGUGGCGUCGACGUCCGGGCCUACUGUGGUGACAGCUCCUGCUCCUGAAGUGGCGCACCUCGGCGCACGCGGUGUGGCGUCUGCUCCUGCGCCUGCUGCGGCGACUGCACCGGUGCCGGCAGCCGCGUCUGCUCCUGCGCCUGCCGCGGCGCCUGCUCUGGCGCAACCUCCUGCGCUCGCUGCUGCGUCUUCGUAUGCGGCUGCUGUGGCGGCCUCCGUGCCGCCACAGGCUGCGCCCGCCGGGGCGCCUUCUGCUUCUGCUGCUGACCCGUCUUACCAGCCGCCUCCAGCCACCAGCGCCGUCCUGUACCAGGCGGGGGAUGCCGUUUCACCGUCGGCUCCUGCGUCAUCCCCUGCUGCCCGGCCGGCUCAGCGUCAUCCGCAUCGCAACUAUGCUGGUGUGUGCUGGGAAACAGCCCGUGGUUGGAUCGGCGAUAUCGUGUUCCAGCAGUUUGCAUGUGGUCGUAAACGUGAGAAUGAUGUGAACCGGCUGCUGCGUGCACGGAUUGCGCCACGUGGAGCAGCAUGUCCGCCUUUGACCACCACUAGUGGAGCACCUUUUGCGCAAACCGGCGUUAACACCCCCCCGUUUGAGUUUCCGACAUCGCCCGAUAGCGAUGGCGACGACGACAACAUCGAGUUCUCAUCAAUGGAUGCUACUGCAGACUCUACUCCACAGAAACUUCCAUUCGACACUGACCUGGCUUUGGCAAAAGCGAUCCGUGGGUUCAAUGGAGGCAUGGGGAUGUCGGCAACGGACAUUAACACGUUACUAGGCGUGUUGCAUGAGGCCGGCUACUUGAAGCCAUCAUACAAGAACAGCGCAGGCUUGGCGAGGUAUGAGAAGGCCUUACUGGCGGAAUCUACGGGCACGGUGGAAUGGAGAGCGGUGGAGGUGGUGUUGAGCAAUGGCAUGAAAGUCACAGUGCACGUAAGCUCCAUGGUGGAGGCUUUGAAGGCGAUGUAUUCAGAUAGCGCGAACAAAGACGGCUUUGUGGUGAAACCGGCAGCGGUUUACACGUCCGACAAGAAACAACGGAUAUACGCGGGGCCCGAGACAGGAGAUGGAUGGAUUAAGAUGCAAGAGGAAUGCCCGAGGGGUGGCGUGAUCGCAGCGUGCAUUCUGUACAGCGACGGGACGAACCUGAGCAACGAUGGGCGUGUUACGGGACAUCCGGUGGCCUUGUGGGGAUUCAGAGGUGGACAUUCGCUUGUCGGCAAUCCGUAUCGUUCUUUACUGGUCGAGGUGAUGCACGCUUUGGACCUUGGGGUCUUCCUGCACAUCGUCUCAUGCAUUCGAGCGUAUUACGCACGAGAUCGCGAGUUCCUUCGUACGCUCGACAUCGAUUUGCAGCGGAUUGCCACCGACACCCGCAUCUCGGGUUUCAGGAUUCCAUCGUCGGAGAAGGGGGGUUAUUUUGCGGGUGCUGCGCGGUUUCAGGCGUUUGAGCAUCGUGCGGUGAUGCAGGUGAUCACAGUUGUGCUCGCCAACUGUGGCGUGCCGAACUCGAUCGUUGGUGCGGUGGCGGCAUUCGUGGAUUGUUACAUGCUUGCUUCACGGCGUUGGUAUCACACCACGAAGACGUUGCAAGAACUUGAUGCUGCCAUCAAGAGGUUGAUUCCGCUCUUGAAGGAUGUGUUCGCGGGCCUUCAAAAGUCGGAGUUCGACAUCACCAAGGUGCAUUCGCUGGCACACGUUGUGGAGGACAUCAUUCGAUCGGGCGUGCCGAUGCAUUAUAGCGCCAACAUGUACGAGUACCUUCAUCAACCGCUAGUGAAGCGCGCGUACCGUGCAAGCAACAAGAGGGAUCCAAUACCUCAAAUUGCGAUGGAGAGUGGUCACAACACGCUUGCAGCCACUAGCUUCAGUGUAAGCUGGAAGGAAAGCAUUGCGGAUGGGUGUGAUAAGUGGAAAGCGCAUGCGUUGGCCGCGCCAGGUGACAUGACCAAGCUCAAAGGACUGUUGGAAGGAACAGCGGAAGAAGGCGAGGUACUGAACAGUACGAUACGCGUGAAGAACGGCAUGGCUAUUCCCGGGGACGAGGACUUCACCAAGUACUCCAGUCAGACACACUAUGUGCGAGCCUGCGCGUCUUUCGGCGACAAACCAUGGUUCAGCGACGUGGCAGUGCUUGGUGAAGAGGAGGUUGCAGCUGCAGGGGGUGAGAUCACAAAGCGCAAGGUGAUUUGGUAUGCGAGGCUGCUGCUGCUUUUCACCAUCGACGUGUACACACCACUUACAAAGGCGUUUAUCAAGCGUGCGUACGCUUUUGUACGCUAUUUGAGAGCCACUGGUGCGGUGCACGCAUCAAAGUGUCCGGUGUAUGCUUGGGAGGCAGGUGAGAACGAGUACCAACUGCUUGAGCUUGAUAACAUUCUGCGCGUAGCUCAUAUGGUUAAGCUUAGUGAGGGUCGCUUUGUGAUGAACAAGUUCAAAUUUUAUUAA